GCCCCGCUCGCCCUCUGUUGCUGCCCACCGAACAUCGAGCCCGAGGCUUGGAUGGAAGCGAGCGAAGCCGCGGCCCCGAGCGGAGCUUAGCAGUGCGAGCGAGCGAGCGAGUGAGUGAGUGCGUGAGAGCAGCGUAGCCUGAGAGAGCGCUCUCGGGGCCGGUCCGACAGCAUCGCAGAGUCGCGGCUCCAGCUUUUCAUCUCGUGUGGUGUUGCCACGGCGCUCAAGUCUCUCUCCCCCACCUUCACUUCCCGGCAUCCCCGUCCCGUCCUCUCCUCUCCUCUCCUCUGCUCUCGCUUCGGCCUGGUGGCUUUUGGGCCUCCUCGCGUUCGGAGCUGAUCCCCCUUUCUUUACAUCUUCUCGCCUGGUCUUCGCUCUCGCCCCCGCCCGCUGCUCCCCACCCUUGCCUGGGAAGGGACCUCAGGGAAUGCGCUCUUGUGUAUCGGGGUGUGUCACUGCCGAGGGCGGAAGGAUGCUCUAGUGUGUCCGUCUCGCCUACUAGAUUUGCGAGGAAAAGGGUUGUUUCUUUCGAUCAGGAUAACCUGGCCUUGCGUGUUGAGUUCGGGGCGAAGCGAGUCACAUCUGAGGCGAGCCUUUUGAUAGCGGAGCUUUGCACCAGUAGUGGAUUACUAUAGUUGUAGGCUUGAGGAGAUUCGGUGUGCUCUUACAGGGGAGGCCAGAAGCUGGAAGAGGACGGAGAAGUAGUAGAAGCUGGAGGAGGAGGAAGAGGAGAAGGAGGAGAAGAAGCGUGGCCUAGGAAGUUUGUCGAUUACGCACGUAGCCUUUCUUCUGCGAGGAAUGCUAGUCGUGGAUUGGUUCCUAUUCUUGAAUUUCAGAGCUUCGUGUUGGAGCUUUGUUGCGUUGCGGUGUGAAGCUUGUUGCGAGUGCCUGCAGCGAGGCGGACUUCAUCCUUGGCGGUACCUCAAAUCGUCUUGCCGAUGAUGCUGGUGGAAGGCGUAGUAGGCUCUUAUUAGUGUUCAUUUUUUGAGUGUUAUCCGAGAUCCGACCUCGACGCAGUCCCAAUCUGUUGAAGGCAAGAGUUUCGAAAUGACCGAGGUGUGAUUGGAAUGACUAAGAAGUGCUUCAACUGGGAUCUUCAAGCCGUCGGUCUUUCUGGGAUUCGCCUGGGAGUCCGUUUACGAGCAUAGCAUUUCGGUGGACUCCAGCGCCUUCCCGAUGAGUUGAAAUAUUUGUUGAUGGAGAAAAGUCUAGUCUCAGAGCAGACGGGACCUGUGGUGUUUGCUGUGGAAAGUACUUGUUCGAGGGAGUCUUUAAUCACGAAAUUGCGAUACGAGGAAGAGAAGGAAGGAACACCACGAACAAGUCAGGGCAUGGUUGCGUCAUACAUGUAGAGUUUUAAGCGGACCUAGCUCGACAAGGGAGGCAGGUGAAUUUGGUCGGUGAGGGAGAGUUUGCCAAUGUGUGAUUACAGGGCAAGCACCUGCCAGUUGAAAGAGUAGAGCCUCUAGAUCAGUUUCUGCGGCUCCUCUCGAACUUAAUUCAACAUUAAACUAUUUAAGGUUUAAAGGGUUUAGAUUUCACAGGAUAGAGUUCUGGAAGGCUGAGCUUUUCCUGUCUGAAGCAGGUCAAUCAGGAAAAGUAGUGGCCAUAUCAUGGCACCUCCCAGUACGACGUGUACAGAGGUGCUUGAAUCACCUUCGAGAAAAGGUGAAACACCUUCUAGUGUGACUGAAGUGGAGUCUAUCUUCAUUCCCAAAAUCUCCUUAUCUGCUCCUGGAAAACCUGGCGCAACCCCUGCCAGUAGUGUACACGAGCUGCUGGAAUGCCCCGUCUGCACCAACUCUAUGUACCCUCCAAUACAUCAGUGUCCAAACGGUCACACUUUGUGCUCGAACUGCAAGUUAAGAGUUCACAAUCGAUGUCCAACAUGCAGAUACGAGCUCGGCAAUAUACGGUGCUUAGCUUUGGAAAAGGUUGCCGAGUCUUUGGAGCUCCCUUGCAGAUACCAGAAUUUGGGUUGCCCAGAAAUAUUUCCGUAUUACAGUAAACUAAAGCACGAGGCUCAGUGCUCGUUCAGGCCAUACAAUUGUCCAUAUGCCGGAUCGGAGUGUUCAGUAACCGGCGACAUUGCCUCAUUAGUGGCCCAUUUGAGGGAUGAACACAAGGUGGAUAUGCACAAUGGAUGUACCUUCAACCACCGAUAUGUUAAAUCGAAUCCUCAGGAAGUCGAGAAUGCCACAUGGAUGCUAACGGUAUUCAAUUGCUUUGGGCAGCACUUUUGUCUCCAUUUCGAAGCCUUCCAGCUAGGUAUGGCACCUGUAUAUAUGGCCUUCCUCCGAUUCAUGGGUGACGACAACGAGGCCAAGAACUUCAGCUACAGUUUGGAGGUUGGUGCCAAUGGUAGAAAACUGAUCUGGCAAGGUGUGCCAAGGAGCAUCCGUGACAGUCAUAGAAAGGUGCGGGAUAGUCAUGAUGGCUUGAUUAUUCAGAGGAAUAUGGCUCUCUUUUUCUCUGGUGGCGAUCGGAAAGAGUUGAAGCUGAGGGUAACGGGUCGGAUCUGGAAAGAGCAAUGAUAACUUGGCGUAUCAUUUGUGUGAUAGCACUAAAAAUUCUUUGUUUAGCUUUGCAGCUCCUCCUUCUGGGGCCACUAGGUCUGGGGCUAUCUUGUAACUUUAUUCUAUCAUUAUGCCUGUGGAAGUCCACCAUGUGAACACCUACAGUGACUCUGAAGCCUGCUGAACUCCUAGUACUACUAACAAGGUAGAUCAGGAUCGAUGUCGACAGUUUCUUCCUCGUCAAAAGUCCAAGUUUUCUGUUAAGAGCUGUGAAGAGUGCCUGUGUCAUCCAUAGUAAUGAUUAAAGAAUGUUGUCUUUUUUUUCAACAUUCUUUUUGAAUGGAAAAGAGCUAGUCACUUCAGUCGAAGAUGAAGCUUUGUGUCUCUGUAACCUUCAACUUCUUCGGUGUUGACUGUUUUCAUGAGAUUCAGUGCUUUGCUCCUCUCACAGAUAUUUGAUUUCAUUCUCUAUUUAGUUCUGGCCUUAGGCAAGCCCUCUUCUUGCCUUGGCAUAACUUGUGCCAGAUCGGGGUCGAGUUGCUCCCCUUCACGGUGUCACCACUUCCCAAAUUAUCACCUCUGUAGGUCAAGGAAACCUUGGAUGCUUGUAGAGGUGAUUUUGCAAAUCCACAUCAUGCGUGGUCAUGAUGAUACCGUGCCUGCAUACAACCACCACUUCAGCAAUGAAAUACCUCAAACCUGGUUGGUGUCUUCGACUGUUCUCAACUGCUAAUUCUGAGGCUACAGCCCUGCCUCGUGCACUAAUUAACCACGAAGGCCCCUCUCUAACUCCUUACAUCCCCUGGCAACCACUGUCUUCUGUCCCAAGUCAACCAAGUCCUUGGAGAGCUUAGAAUCAGAAAUCUGUUCCUUUAGUGUCAUGUUAUUGAAAGUGUGUGGCUCCCUCCUAGUCAAGGCAUUUAACUUGCCUGGGUGGAGAAUCGGUCUUCGAGUUCAGAUUCUGUUGGUGAGGUAUUACUCACGCCUCAUGCCAUGGGACUUCUCUACUUGGAGGAACAUUAGGUACAUUCAGUGAGCACUCAUGCGCUAGGGGAAUCUGGAGGUCAGUUUUGCCGUCGGAACGGUCAACCUGAGUGAGCCGAACUCACGAUGUCCGAGACAGUAGUUCCAGCUCCUGUUGUAUUCAUGGAUCUUUAGGUUGAGAAGCCGUACAGUUCGCUUUUGUACUCCGUUCGAAAAAGAUGGGGAAGUGAUUGCAACCUUUCUUCGGGAGUAGUUUGGGACACAAUACGGUGUGACACAACUAAUUAUGUCUCUUCACGUCGGCUGUCUACCUGAAACGAAUGUAGCUCUGAGCACGGUGAGACACAGGAACCAGAGAGUGAGUAAAUUUCAGUUGUCUCUCGAAGUGUAACUUAUGAAAUUAAAUGAAUUUCUCUUACCAUGUACGCACUUUGCAAAAUAAUCGAAGACAGUACAAACGGAAGCAAUAUGCUAAUUC